AUGACCGGAAACCUAACUCAAAAGAUCGAAGUCAUCAAGAUCAACGAUUUCGAGCCUGAACCCCAAGAACAAAUCAUACCGCACGAAAGACAAAUCGUUGACAGUGUUAUUGCCAUCUGGAAGGAAGAUAAAGAUUUUGAAGGAUUGGGAAUGGCAAAAUUGCAUGCAUUGGUUAAGAAAAGACAUCCUAGUUGGUCAGUUUCGGAGAAGAGAGUCAAAUCUUUGUUGAAAAAAUAUGGUUUGGCGAACAAUCAAGAGCAAUUCACCUAUGCCCUGGAUAUUACUUCUGAAAUGACUCCAGAUAUUGACAUGCCCGAUAAAGUCCACAUUGUUAUGACUUCAAAAAGAGGUAAAGGAUUGUAUGCAAAGAAGAACAUUGCAAAAGAUGAAGUCAUUUGGGAGGAAAGUCAAUUAUUCUUUGUACCUCCUUUGGCAAAUGUAAAGUUAAUGUCGACAGGGAAAGCAUGUGCAUACUGUGGUAUUCUUUUAUCUUCCAAGCGGGCAUUCAAAGGUGGAUUGGACUGUAAUGUUUGCCAAGAGGUGUGGUGUUCUCAAAAUUGUAAAAAAAUAGACCACUUGCUUCAUAUCUCGUUAAAGCAUAAUGUUUAUCAUCCCGGCGGAAACAAACUGAAAAAGCAAAUUGAUGCUGCCUGUUUUCUAGAUCUACAAGAUUAUUGUGCUAAAGAACAAUGGAAUGCACUUUAUGCGAUUACAUUGAUCUAUGCACAGAUAAUUCAAGAUAAAACUGGGGUUAAAGGUAAACAAUUCAAGGCAAUGGCUAGAGUUUCUCAGGAAAUUAGAUACAGAGCCUUGAACUCUUCAGCUGGUGCCUUUGAUAAUAUGCAAGGUGGAGCACUCUUUGUACAAGAACAGCAAGAAGAAUUAUGGAGAGAUGGGUUUGAAAAAUUCAAACUAGUAUUCCCCAAGACAGAUGUCGAUUAUAAGGAAUUCAUGUUUAUGUUGGGUACUUAUAACAUCAACAAUUUGGAUCUGUGUAUGUACUUGACCCAAUCUCAUUUGAACCACAAUUGUGAACCUAAUACCAAGGUGAUCCUGUUUCCUCAAUCAAGAACAAGGGGCCUUCAGGUCAUUGCUGCUAGAGACAUUAAGGCCGGAGAAGAAUUAACUACCACUUAUGUUAACCCACUGUACCCGGUUCAACAGAGACAACGAGAAUUACGAGUUAACUGGGGCUUUGUUUGUGGAUGUCAAAGAUGUAAAGACGAAGCAAAGAGCCGUGAAAGACGAAAGUCAAGCACUGGGUCACAAGGCCACAGCAAAGCAGAAAUCAAGCAGAUGUUACAAUCUGUCAAUGAUGAUGAUGAUGAGCCAAUAUUGUUAGAUGCCCCCCAAGAUUCUCCUCGUGAGCGGAGAAAGUCUGUUCGUUUUGAUGAACAAGUUGUAGCAGUAUCCGAGUAG